UAUUUUACAGUGGCAGUUCAUACGAAGGACAAUGGCAGAAUGGCAAACGACACGGUUUGGGUGUGGAAACGCGCGACCGGUGGUUGUACCGGGGCGAGUGGACGCAGGGCUACAAAGGACGAUAUGGCGUCCGGCAGAGCAGCACGAGCAACGCCAAGUACGAGGGCACCUGGGCAAAUGGCCUCCAAGAUGGAUACGGUUCAGAAACAUACGCCGAUGGAGGAACGUACCAAGGACAAUGGAUGCGAGGGCUCAGGCAUGGGUACGGAGUGCGGACGUCGGCACCUUUCGGGUUGGCGUCGCACUACCGAGGGGGUCCGCGCGACCACCGCGGCUCGCUUUCGUCCCUGGCGGAGGCGACGGGCACGCCGGACCCUUCCGACCGGCGGACGACGCGCAUGGAUGACGCGCGAGGUGGCUUCGUACUUAAAGCCAGCUCUGAUGAACCAUCGGGUAGACGAGGAUCCCUCGUCGAGAAGACUAAAAAGGGUCUUCUUGCCAAAUUACGCAAGCAACGGAGUGCAGGCGAAUUGGACAAGCGCGGGACUGGUUCCGUACGUUCGGGAGGCUCAGGCGGCUCGGCUUCGUCCUGGGUGUCGUCGGUCGAAAGCACGCAUUCUGCUACCACGAGAGGCUCCUUGCAUACCAACUCUAACACCAGUUUCAUUGUUGAGGACGAGCAUUUGGAUGCCAGUGUAACUGAAACGUAUAUGGGUGAAUGGAAAAAUGAUAAAAGAACUGGAUUCGGCGUCAGUGAACGUAGCGAUGGCUUACGAUAUGAGGGCGAAUGGUUUGCGAAUAGAAAAUAUGGUUAUGGUGUUACAACUUUUAGAGACGGGACAAAAGAAGAAGGAAAGUACAAGAAUAAUGUACUUAUCACGAGCCAGAAGCGUAAACAUAUGUUCCUUAUGCGCUCGGCCAAAUUCCGAGAACGUGUUGACUCAGCAGUGAAUGCAGCACAACGAGCAUCUAAAAUAGCAUUACAAAAGGCCGACAUUGCUAUUUCAAGAACUGCUACAGCUCGGGGUAAGGCCGAGCAAGCUGAUGAAUGUGCAGACCAAGCUAAAGAAGACUGUGAUAUUGCACAAAAAACUGCUAAGCAGUUUGCACCAGAUUUUAAACACCCAGGUUUUGAUCGAAUAGGCCUAAGAGAAAAGUAUCGACAAAAAAUAUACGAGCAACAUACUAGUAAUAUUCCUCAAACACAAGAAGCUGAUAAUGUCCUUGACGGAAAGAGCAUUCCAAAUCAUAUCCCUCCGAUGCACUCGCAAAUACCCCAAAUUAAUAAAAUGCCAAAUGCAAUAUCGUCAAGAAGACCGUCAACUCAAUUCCAUAACACAGGACAACCAUUGGAUCCAAGAUAUCCUAAUAACCCCCAUUUCACUGAUGAUAGAAAUUUAGCAUCUCAAUAUGACCAAUUUUAUAAACCUAAUCCAGAAUCAUGGAACGUUCCUACAAGUACGCAAAAUCAAAUAACAAAUCAAAAAUCAUAUCCCUCGAGCAAUAACCCGAGUGGAUAUAACAUAUCAGAUAGUCAAAUGCCGCCUCAAUCUUCUUACCAAAUACAACAACAGCAAAGUCUAGAUCAAACCAACCAACAACAUGCAAAUCAAAAUCGCAGACUUUCAAGUUCCAUACGACCAUCGACAAAUCAAAGACCUUCGCAGGAUUGGAACGCUGGUCCGGGAAUCACACGACGACAAAGCAUACUUGCUCAGCCAAUGAACGACCCACAAACUGAAAUAUACGUUGAUAGUACUAUGGCUUCAUAUCGAAGAAAUGAACUUCGUACUGGUACUGUGCAUUCGGAAGGCCCUCUAGAUAGACAAGCAACGAAUCACGAACCUCAAGGAUAUCGUCAGCCUAUAGAUCAGCAAGCUUACCGACAACCAAACGACCAACAAAUGUAUCAACAACCUUCAAUGAACCAACAAAUGUAUCGACAAACACCAGACAAGCAAAUAUAUCGUCAACAAGCCAUAGAUCAACAAUCUUAUAGACAACCGACUUCAUCGGAACAAGAAAUAAUUAAUGGAGAGCGUGAGACACGACAGCAAGGAUCACGUCCGUCAAUCGAUUACUUUGAUCAUUACAAAAGACCUCCAAGUAGAGAUUCCAGCGUAGAUCGGUAUGGAAGACGGUCGAGACAACCAUCCGUAGAAGCUGUGCCUCCAAGUGGUGGUUCUCGAGCUGGAUCCGUCGCACCUUCGCCGAUUACUGCAUCCCGACCAGCGUCUCGAGCGGCAACGCCGGCCGGAAAUGGUCACCUAGCUUCUGGUCGUGGAUCCAUUCCAAGAGCUCCUUCGAGAGAUCAACCUUUCGAAGAUUCGAUUUUACGAAAAAGAACUCUAGGCCAAGAAAUUUCACCAUCGCCAUACCAACCUAAGAGAACAGAAAGCUUGUUUAUGCCCCAAAAUCCAGCACCACCGCCUCCGGUGCCAAUGGGAGGUGGAGGUGGUGGAGGUCGAAAGGUAAGCAAUGUUCGGUGUUAAAAAUAAUUUAUACUUACGACGUUAAACAUAAUUAUAAUACUUACUGAUUCAAAAGCCCAUAUAUAUCUUUUCUUGCUAAAAAAAACGUUAUUAUAAUAAGUGUGAAGACAGUUUGAAAUAAAGCUAUGAAAAUAGAUAAAAA